AUGACUUCCAAUAUUGCAGAGUCAACUAAUGCAGCAAACAAAGAUGCUAGAGAGCUACCAAUAAUGCGAUUGUUGGAGUACAUGACAAAUUUGCUACAACAGUGGAACAACAAAAACAAAAAAAGUGCAAUGGAGACAUCUACAGAGCUUGGCGAAGUACGACAAACUUCUUCGGGAAAAUCUGAUUGCAUCGGAGCAAAUGACGAAAAAAAACUUUUGCAGGUGAGGCCUGCUAUGGAGCAGUUAUAUACUGUGCUUGAAGGGGUAAGGCGAAACAUAGUGUUCCUUGAAGAGGGAACAUGCAGUUGCAGCAAAUUUCAAAUGGAUGUACUUCCAUGUCCGCAUUCUUGGGCGGUUUUGAAGAACCAGCAGUUGAAACCUUGCCAGUAUUGCUCUUUUUAG